AUGUGGGCGCAGGGCCAGACCUUCCGCAGCACCCCCCUCAGGGAUGCCGUGGGUUGGAGGGAUCGAACGCCGAGAUCUCCGCCCUGCCGUCCCCGCGCCCACGCCGUCCUGGCGCCGGAGAUGCCGUCCCAGAAGCAGGAGCGCGUGCCGGCGAUCAGGAAGGCCGCCCUUCUGACGGCCAUCAAGACGCCCUACCUGCCCAGCGGGAAAUGCGACCUGGUGGCCUUCGACGCGAUGGUGCGCGCGCAGGUGGAGGCCGGAGUGGACGGCGUCAUAAUCGGCGGCACCACCGGCGAGGGCCACCUCAUGUCCUGGGACGAGCACAUCAUGCUCAUCGCCCACACCGCCAACGUCUUCUCUGGCGAGAUCCUGGUGGUCGGCAACACGGGCAGCAACAGCACGCGCGAGGCGCUGCACGCCUCCCACCAGGGCUUCGCCGUGGGCAUGGACGCCGCCCUCCACAUCAACCCGUACUACGGCAAGACCUCGCGGGAAGGCCUGCUGGCGCACUUCCGCGCGGCGCUGUCCUGCGGGCCCGGCAUCCUGUACAAUGUGCCCUCCCGCACGGGCCAGGACAUACCUGAGGACGUCAUUAUCGAGGCGGCGGAGCACAAGAACUUCCUGGGCGUGAAAGAGUGCACGGGGAAUGCGAGGAUCGCCGCGCGGGCGGAUAAGGGCAUUGGGUCGUGGUCGGGCAACGACGACGAGGCACACGAAGCGAGGCAUAACCACGGUGCUUUCGGUGUGAUCUCAGUCACCAGCAAUUUGGUACCCGGGUUGUUUUCAAGGUUGAUGCACGGUGGGCCGCAGCCCGAGCUGGCGGCCAGCCUGCAGGGGCUGAUGGCCUGGCUGUUCUGCGAACCCAACCCCAUCCCACUCAACACAGCUCUGGCGAUGUGCGGCCUAGCGCGGCCGGUCUUCAGGCUGCCCUACGUGCCGCUGUGCCGGGAGAAGAGGGAGGAGGGCGCGGCGCUGCUGAGGGAGUUCCGGGAGCACAUACCCGGGUGCCGGGAGGUCCGGGUGAUGGAGGACGACGAGUUCGUUUGCCUGGAAGAGUUCUGA